UCUGCCUCUCAUCCGCAACCAUGUUCUUUCCUUGGAGCAAAAUGGCUAACAAAUUCCCCAGCUGUUCUGUCUGCACUUCUUGGGUGCAGGAGCCAAAACCUGAGGAUCAUCUUGGGUUGCCAUUGGAACCAUCCAAACCUGAACAUGAUUAUGGUAUGUACAAGAAGCUGUUGCAUCAGUAUGCCCAAAAAUCUGGAUUACCAUUUCCAGUUUAUAAAAUUGAGAAUGAAGGGUUCCCACAUGCGCCUAAGUUCAGAUCAUCUAUCUUCAUAGAUGAAACCAAGUUCACAUCUAAGUUUACCUUUCCAGAUCGAAGAGCAGCUGAGCAAGAUGUCGCAAAGCUUGCAUAUGAAACCAUAGUUAAAGACAAUAAAACCCUAACAGGAGGCCCUCAUAUUUAUCAGAACCUGAGGUUUUGCAAGUUAAUACUGUCUGAAUAUGCAACCAAGACUGGCCUUGGAGUUCCCGAAUACAACACCACCUUAGCAGAAGGGACACCACACCCAGUAUUCGUCUCUUCUUUUGUUCUUGGUGGCAAAAGUUAUACUGGUCAAGUAGGUCGAAGCAGGAAAGAGGCGGAACAGCUGGUGGCACAACUGGCGAUCCAAUCGCUCCUUGGAUCGGAUUCAGGGAAGCUCACUGAAAUUAUCAAGAGCAAAGAGAGACUUUUCGCUACUGUAGAUGCUAAAAAGAACUCUGGAACUCUGGAAAUUACUGUCGAGUAAUGCAGGAAAUUUGUCACAACAGCAAGCUAGCAUUCAGACUGGGCCCUGAUAGUUGCACAGUUACUUGUGCGAAAGGUUGGACAAAGCGCAAGGUUGAGAACAACUGGGAGCAGAAAAAGAAAAAAGGCCGUGUGGGAGUAGCUAUCAAACGACCUGGAUAUAACUUCAGGCCUUGAAUACUGCUCUUCAGCCAACAAUUGUGCCUAAUACAGAAUAGUACAAUUUUUACUUGGUAGUGGUGAGGCUUCUCCUUCAGAGACAUUGGCGUAUGUGAAGGAGAGGUCUAUUGAAAAUAGUUUAUGCAGAAUACUGCUCCUGCAUGCUCUUUUUGGUUGGUAUUUGCUACGUUUGCAACUGUAAAAUGCCUAACAUUAACAAGACGUUAUUCGGAUGGAUGGAGUUUUUAAGCAAAAGUUCUUUGGCAUGUGUUUUGUUGAUUGUUGGUUACGUCUUAAUUCUUAAAUUUCACUUUUUGCAAGAAAUCAUGGACUUUAUGCCUUUAUCCUGUCUGAAAUUAAUAGAUCUUCCACUGCUGCUAGAAGACAUUCCUCGUAUGAAUAUAUUAUUCACAUUGUGAAAAAGUCUGAACAAUUAACUAUGAUCUAUGGGCAAAAUGGGUGUCUAAAAGGUUCUUGAUUGAUCUUCAGAUUGAAUUGAUGUCCACCCUAACCCCACUUCAUCUUUACAAGUCCGUGGACCCGUUUG